AUGAAUCAAGUACCUGCAUAUCGUUUUUUAAACUGGCGUAACCCGUGUAUCACAAUAAAACGUAAACUUAAACUAAACCUUCUUAAUACUUCAUACUACGCCAGUGCACACACAGAAAUACUAAUGAACCCUACUCGGUCAUUUUUCCAAGAUUUACUCCACAUCUUGGUGACCAAUAACUAUGUCAUUGUUAGUGAGACUUAUUCAAAGAAGUAUAAUGCUGCCCUGACCAAGUUCAACUCGAUAUUUCUUAUUGGAAGAGAAUUCUCUUCAACUGUAGCCUUUUGUGAAGCCACAAAAGCAUAUGGUACUAAGCAUAAUAUUGCAUUCACUACUUAUUCUUCCUCAAGCACCUUCUCUGUCAACCAAAAAACCCCUAUUUCUGAGUGGGAGAGACAACAACUUGAACCUGAGGCUAUUAUUCUUGUUGUCCAACACCUUGAAGAAAACGAUGAUGUAUCCACCAUCUUCAAUAACUUGAAGAGAAGUGAGUACACCAGUUUUAUCUGUCAAGAUAUCAAAAAUAUCAAACAACAAUUCAGAAAGCCAGAAGAAGGAAGAGAAAUAUUUAGUUUCAUUACUGCAUUGCAAGAAUUAGACUUUUAUGUCCGGUACAGUAUUGGUGAUAAUAAGACAAAUAGUCACCAAAUGACAUAUGUCAACAUUGUUGAUAUUAGUAAUGUAAGUGGAACCCCCCAUACAACUAUGAAGACUUUCCCAAUUGCUGGAGCCUGGGUAGAUCACAAAACGAUAGACAACUAUCUAUGGGUACUUUUCUGUCUGCACAAUUCUGUCUGGCCAGAUGUUAAUGAUAGCAGCAGCAGCUACACAACCACCGCAACACUUCUACUUCCAAGUGUGUUUAUCACUGACAAUGAGAAAGCAUUGAGGAAUGCAAUUACAAAUGCUUUCCCUGAGUGUAAGCAGCUGUUGUGCUAUAAGCACAUUAAGAAUAAUUUUAAGAAGCAGCUAUUGUCAAUGAUGAAGAAAGACAAGAAUGGGGACAAGAGAGACUUCUUGAACGAGUUAGCCAGUUAUCUUGACCAAAUUACAUUGAAGUGCACCACUUCCAAAGAAGAGAAAAAAGAGAUUGAUGCAUAUCUCAGGUUUGCAAAAGACAAUUGUAAAGAUCAAGAAAAAAGUACGAAAGCUUUCCUUGAGAGCAUCCUCACUUUGGAAAUUGCACUUCCAACCAUGCAGAAAGUUCACAUGCUUCUCUGA